AUUACUCGUACAGACAGACGGGACUUCCAGCCAUGCAAUCGGCCCUGCAGCCCGAUUGGUCGGGCCAGAACGUCACUCGAUCAAUCCCGAUCUGGAAGGGAGAAACGUGGGGUUCUUAAGAAACUAUCCCCGCGAUUGCUGUCAUCGAAGCUAUCUAGUCGACUACAGUACUCCCUACAUAUUCUUACUAUCCUUACUAUUGUCUUAAUAUACCUUCUUUCUUUUUGUCUCCGUGAUUGCUGCUAUCAUCCUCAGCCAGUCAGGUUCAAGGGAGGGGAAGACAAAGACAACAUUCUAUUUUUAUCAAGAUCGAUUCUAUAA